UGGGCAUCUUUGAACUUGCGCACAUUGGCCACACCUCGGCAAACCGCGCACGUGUAAACUUAAAAUAAAAACACCGGGAAUUAAGCAACUUUUUGGAGCAAAAAUGGGAGACGCCGUGGAGGCCUUGUUCAUCAGCACGGCCAGCGAGGACAACACGACCUGCAGCGUACAGGACCUGCGUACGGGCACCGACCUGAUGCGCUACAAAGGCGGCGGAUGUGCCCAACACAACGGCCUGGCGAUGAUCCAUCUUAACUACGUUUUUGCCGCCAACUCGGCGAAACCCCUGCUCCACGUCUGGCCCAUUAACAAGCAGGAGCAGAUGGCCGGCCUGCGGUUCGUGGUGCCCGGCAAGGUGAACGCCAUGGCCCUAACGCCAGAUGGUAACUUCCUGGUGGCCGCCAUCCAGGAGACCAUCUAUCUGUGGCACCUGAACUCCGGCCGCAUGCUGAACACCCUGUCAAAGCACUACCAGGCGGUCACCUGUCUGCGCUUCACGGAUAACGGCGAGCACUUCAUCAGUGGCGGCAAAGACGGAGCCGUGUUCGUCUGGGACCUGACCUUCUCGGCCGCUCCACUGGACACGGGCGGCGGCAAGGACAGCACGGAGCCGCUGUACAGCUUCAAUGAUCACGGACUGGCUGUCACGGAUCUGUACUCGGGCAUCGGCGGUAUACGCUCCUACCUAUACACAGUUUCGCUGGACCGCUGUUGCAAGGUGUACGACUUGUGCGGAGGCGUCCUGCUGCUCAGUGUGGUGUUCCCGGUGGCCCUGCACAGCGUAAUCGUCAACAAGAUGGAGACCAAGGUGUACGUGGGCUCAAGCGACGGCAAGGUGUUUGCCUUUCACAUGGAGAAGGCGCCGCGCAUGAAGGAAUACCACUUGGAGGAGGAGGAGAUCCAGGCCUUUGUGGGCCACACCAGCGGCAAGGCCAUAACCUGCCUGGCAUUGAAUUUAAGCGCUACGGCGCUAGUCUCCGGCGGCGAGGACAACCAGGUGUGCGUCUGGGACGUGGGCAGCCGGCAGCUGAUCAAGAGCCUGCCCCAGAACGGUUCGGUGACAAACCUGCGCAUCCGCCUGCUCAGUCCGAGCAUAUUUCUGCCCGAGCACAAGCAGCCGCAGCUGUUCGCCGACAGUCUUAGGCGGAUGAUCAGUCCGCGGGACGAGAACGAUGGCAUCGAACUGCUGAUCGAUGAGGAGUACUCCAAGGGACGCAAGACUCCAGAGUUGGACCUUACCCAGAGUUAUCCGGGUACGGAUGAGGAGAUCAUACGCAAACUAAUAGCGUCCAUGAGUACGGGAAAUGAUGAGGAGGAAGAAGAUCAGGAAGCUGAAUCUGAAGCGGAGGAAGAUCAAUCAGAGCCAGAGGAAGCCGAAUCUGGAGCGGAGGAAGAGGUUGAAUCCGAUGCGGAUGAAAUCCCCGAUGUCGACGUGUCGUUGGAGGACUUGCAGUCCGCAUUAGCGGAUGACGACGACAGGCCAAGCACCUCCAAGGAAAACGGCAUAGAUGUACAAAAGCUGCUGGCCGAGAAUGCCCGCCUAAAGGAGGAGUCCAAUCGCAUGAUGGAGAUCAUGUUCAGGUACAUCUCCAGCAAUGCCGUCGCCCAGGGCGAAGUCUCGGAAAAGCCGAAGCGCAAAAAGGCGCGCCAGAACCAGUGACCCUUAAUCUGCCUUCAAUUACGUUUACUUAGGUUAAGAAUCAAUAGUACAUGAUAAUAGACAAAAAAAAAAACAAAACACGGACAGUGUGUAUAAA